GGUUGCUAUGGGCAACUCAGCAACUUCUCUGGACGGGUUUUGAUAAAUCUCCCCCCUAUGAGUCUAAGAAGGCUCCAGUGGCUGUGAAAUUCUGCGAUGGGGAAGCGCCUUCUUAAAAUCUGCAUAAGGCACUGUCCAUAGAGCGGUGAUCCCCCAACCUGUGGCUCUGCAGGCGGUUGCACAACUACCACUCCCAGCAUGCCCUGACAGCCGAAGGCUGUCAGGGCAUGCUGGGAGUGGUAGUUUUGCAAUCACUGGCAUAGAGAAUAAUGAGUAAGAUUGAGUGUACAGCAAUCUGAUCCCUGCACACACCUCCCUAUGGUAAGCAGCCACUCCCUUACUCUCAGCUGGUGCGGGGACUCAGAAAACUUUCUAUAGAAAGUACAAAGAUCAAAGGUGUCGCGAAUGAGAUAGGAAGUGCUCAAGGUGCUCUGCAAAAUGCUCUGCGAAAACAGAGCAAGCUUACAUCCUAAAGCUCACGUGUAAGGACAGACACCCCCCAGGACUGGGUGACACUACCAGAGGGAUCACACAAGGACAUGAAUGGGGAACCUUCUCGUCUGAGGUCAUGUAUUCCGUCAGUCAGAAGUCUGGAAAUACUGUGUUUAGAAACAGUAGAAGCUAGAUGAGAAGACGCUGCACCCUUAGCAGACUAAUCUACCAUACAAAAAAGUACAUAUGAACCCAUGAGAUCCUUCAGGUCCCAGUGACCUCCAUCGGACCCCACACAACCAGCCUUGGCCCCCUGACUUCUCCAUGAUGCAGAGUUACUCAUCCCAUGACUAAUGUUUAUGAAGGACCUGAGAGGGUUAUACUCCAGAGCUGCAAUCAUAAUUCUGCCAACUUCAGAAACAAUUACAUGAACAGGCGCACGGCUGACCCCAAUGUAAAGGUCGCCCAUACUGUGACUACGUUGAUGAACAAUACCUCUUGGCUGAACAGCUGCGAUGUACAUACGCCUCCCCGAUCACGGACUCUGCUCCUGGUGGGCUACAGUCUCUUAAUGCCCCUGGGGGUCAUACUUAAUGGGUUAUCCCUGGUGGUGUUCCUGCGGUGGCUGCGGCCUCUCACCGUUGUCAGCAUCUUCCUCUGUAACCUGGCCCUCAGCGACCUCCUCUUCUCCCUCUCACUGCCCUUAAGGAUCUAUUACUAUGCCAAUAACUACUGGCCGUUUGGGAAGUUCCUCUGUCGACUGGCUGGAUCCAUCUUCCACAUCAACAUGUAUGGCAGUUGCCUAUUUCUCUUCUGCAUAAAUGUAGACCGCUACUUGGCCAUCGUCCACCCUCUACGUUUCCGUCACCUGCGCCGGCGCAAAGUGGCUCGUCUGACCUGUCUUGGCGUCUGGCUGAUGAUUGUGAGUGGGUCGGUUCCCGCCGCCCUUGCACACGACUCGAAUGACUGCUGGGACGGAGAAGAGUGGAUACCCCGUUGUUUUGAGGGACUUACGAGCUGGAAUACUUCCUUGAUGCCUUUGUUGUUGGUAGCUGAAGUUUUUGGAUUUCUUUUGCCCCUUGUGACGGUUGUCUACGUCUCCUGCCACGUCUUCUGGGAACUAUGUCGGGUAUCCGAAGGGGGAGCACGCAGACACAGAAAAACUAUCCGACUACUCGUCCUUAACCUUAGCAUCUUCCUUUUUUGCUUCGUCCCCUAUAACGCAACACUCGUGGCCUACGGGCUACUGCGAGCAGAACUUGUUACAGACUCGUGGAACUCCAAACCCUUAUUGAAAAGAAUUCUGUCGGUCACUGUCCUUCUAGCCAGUACCAACUGUGCCCUGGACCCCUUGGUCUAUUACUUCAGCACCGAAGGGUUCCGUAACACGCUCAGUCGAAUCGUAAGGAAUAGCAAGGACAUGGAAAAGAACGGACACACCUUGAAGAACAGUAAGGCCUCGGAGAUCAAAAGCUUCGGAAUUAGUCCAAUGUCCAACAAAGAGCCUGAGAUGAAAGAGAAGAAAGUCAACUUACUCCUUGAUAAAACGGAUCACGUCAAUGGGAAACAGAAGAAAAAUGUAAUUCGGGAAUCCGAGAUCUAAGUCUGUAUUCACAAGGAACGUUCGGAUACUUAAAGGGGUACUCCGCUGCUCAGCGUUUGGAACAAACCGUUCCGAACGCUGGAGCCGGCACCAGUAGCUU